GAACUGAGGCUUUGUCCAGUGACUGCGUGUCCGCUGCGCCUCUGAGCUUGAUUAAAUCCACCCGGAGGCGACUGAGCUGAGCUGAGCUCCGUCUGCCUGUCGGCGGUCCGCGGGGUUCGGGGAUGUGAUGAGUGUAUCACGGCUUGUUAAGGGCGCACAGACAGUCGGUCUCCGCAGCCUCUUGUCGUUAAGGAAGGAUCGGGCGAGGUGUUGCAGUUAGAACCACCAUGCGCUUUGCUCUGGAAGCAGCACAGGACGCGUGUUUGUGAGCAACCCUGGUUGGCCCGCGCUGGGAUGAACAUGCCACUGCACCAAAUCUCCGUCAUCCCACGGGAUGUCACCUCCUCGCGGAUGUCGGGCAGCGGGAAAGCGAAAGACAAGGACAAGCAGAACGUGCAGCAGCAUGAAUGCACUGGUACCCUCGGCCUCCUAAUGAGCUUUUCAUUCAGCGCUGUAGAGGACUGUGGACCUGCGUUGACAUUCACCUCCAUCAACCAGAAAAUGAGCAUCGAUGAGGCACGCCCAGCAGACACUGAGAAGGGCCAGAAUGAAAAGCCUCUAGGUCAUUCAGCUAGCAGAUCCAGCAAUAUAUCAAAGGCGGGGAGCCCAACCUCAGUCAACGCCCCAUGCAGUUUCUCAAGGACGUCCGUUUCCCCGUCCAGCCAGGACAUCUGCAGGAUUUGUCACUGUGAAGGAGAUGAUGAGAGUCCUCUGAUCACACCGUGCCACUGCACAGGGAGUCUGCGCUUCGUCCACCAGGGCUGUCUGCAGCAGUGGAUCAAGAGCUCAGACACCCGCUGCUGUGAGCUCUGCAAAUAUGAGUUCAUCAUGGAGACAAAGCUCAAACCACUGCGCAAGUGGGAGAAACUUCAGAUGACGGCAAGCGAGAGAAGGAAGAUCAUGUGCUCAGUUACCUUCCACGUCAUCGCAAUCACCUGCGUGGUUUGGUCGCUCUACGUCCUCAUCGACAGAACGGCGGAGGAAAUUAAAAGCGCCCGAAGAAUCCCAGGUAUCCUGGAAUGGCCUUUCUGGACCAAGCUGGUGGUGGUGGCCAUCGGCUUCACAGGCGGAUUGGUUUUUAUGUAUGUCCAGUGCAAGGUCUACAUCCAUCUAUGGAAGAGACUCAAGGCCUACAACCGUGUCAUAUACGUGCAGAACCGGCCGGACACGUGUAAAAAGUUGGUGCUGGAGAAGCCCCCACUCAUGGAGCCAAGCCUGGAGAGCAAGGAGGCACUGGCCCCCACCCAGUCGGACACAAAUUCCUCCCAGUACACAGAGACAGAAGAAUACAGUAUGGAGGUCCUCCACGUCUGACACAGAGUUCAUUUCAUAAGCCCCCCCACUUGUGCUUGCAGAAACUGGCGGGAGGGAAGAGUAGCGCUCGACGUUCCCCUUUCUCUGAUGGUAGACCUGACCCGCUGUCCUCUCCUGAUUCCACCUGCACUCUCCAUCCGCACUCUGACCUUUCCUUCCCCAGGACCGGACUGUUUGUACUGACUUCUAUAAAUGUCACACAAGGCCUGGAGCUUGGCACUCUACACGCACUGUUCACGUUCCCAGUCGGUUGAGCAGGUCAGAGACACAAAGACUCCCUGGAAGCUCAUCUUCGAUGCGUUUGGAGUUGGCUUUUACCUCCUGUAAGUGUUGGAUCAGAACACCACCAUACAUGUCUGGAGCGUUCCACAUACUGCCAUCUCUGCACCGGUUCAAUUCUGACCGGGCCUCGGAAAUGCAUUUAAGCACUUUUUUGUUUUUCUUGAAGCUCUACAAUAACUCCUCUCCUCCCUUUUUAUUCUUGGAUUACCUAAAUCUUUUUGUUUUGUUCAUUGGGCAGAGCACAGAGAAACCUUUUCCUCAAAUGCACAUACUCCUACAGACUUCAUUUUGAUGGCAAAAAAAGGAAAGGUGGGUAAAAGGAGGGAAACCUGCUGAAGGAAAUGGAAAGGGUUAACAUCCCAUUCCUCUGCCCCAACACAUGAACUUUUUGAAGGCUUUGAGAAUGUAAUCUUUUCUAAAAAUGAUUAAAAACAUAAAUAAAAUGUAAAAAAAAUAUUUUUUUUACUAGUAACUGGACAUUGCAAGAAUAAUUUCCGUGUCUUGAGAAGGUAAUGUGAGCCUGCAUUACUUUUUCUUUUUGUUGUUUUUGGGGUUUAAUAUCUUGUGAAUGACACAGUAUUUACAGCGUAAUAUUCCAUGUGCAGUUUUUAAUGUGAGCUGAUGUGUUUGCUUAGUCAUGAGACAUUACCACUUCAUGCCUUGAGAAAUGAACAGCUCACUGUUUUCAGUUUCCUAUUUUGUUGCUCCCACAGUACAGCCCAGAAUUAAUUAAACCUUCACAGCCUGCUCUGAUUAAGAACCCAACAGAUUGUUAAUGUGGCUUUUUAACAUUUGCCUAAUUUUCGCCUCUGCAGGACAGGGCAUUAAGAUUCCACCCGUAUCCGUUUUUACAGAGAGUUUUUAGAGGACUGGAGAAAAUGGAUAAAUUGCUGUUGAGUUGUUUCCAGACGCUCACAUGCUCCAUUUUGUCUUUUUAUAGUAUUAUGUCACCAGACAGACAGCAUUAAGCCUAUGAUUUCUUGGGGGAUUUUUUUUUCAUCACAUUACAUCCAGCUACAUGUUAUUUGGUAUAAAGGUGAUCCUUACUUUUAUACUCUAUUUUCCUCUGAAACAAUCUUUACCUUUGCAGCCUGUGUUGGAAACCAACUGCUAAUAAUGAGCUGGCUGUGUCGCCACCUGCUGGGGCGCAGCUGAAAUUGCACUGUGAAACAGGCAGCAGUUGAUUUCUCUAGGCUCCGUUUCUUUCAUUUGUGGAAACUCAGCAAUGCAAGAUUUUACAGCCAUUCAAACGACAAAGAACAUUUUUUAAAAACUGUCACUGAUACCAGUGUGCUAUCUGUGACCAAUAAGGAUGAGUUACUGCUCUGCAGCAGCAAUAAUUUAGAAGCACAGUUUUUGGGUGGGGGGGGUUGUGAGAAAACAUACUGUAUUUAUGUACAAGCCCAUGGUGAUUUAAGUUCUGUUUAAAUAGAAAGCAUGAGCCAAGGGAGCUGUCACCACCGCAAGUCAGGUUUGAUUAAGAACCAGAAACGCUUCUCAGAAUCUUCAGUACCCAUAAGGCUCAGUGCAAUUAGACAGGUUUAAGAAAGUGCAAUUAAGUUUUUUUUGUUGUUGUUCUUUUACUCUAAAGUAAAGGUGUUUAAAGGUCAGGGUGUCCUCUGGGUGGAAAACGAAAUUCUUUAUUUUUGUGCUUGUAUUUAUUUUGAUCAGAAAUAGGGUACACUUUGUCCAUUUAAACCCACCCUUCUACUUCCAGUUUUUACGCAACUUGCGUCUAUCCUCUUUUUCUCUCUUCUUUUUUUUUUUUUUUCUCCAGGCAUGUACAAGACAAAAUCUUUUUGCCACUUGCGUUUUGCACAGUUUUUCAUUCAUAUAUUUAGUGAUUUUGUUUUCUCUCUCUUUUUUUAAAAUAAUUGUUAGAAUUUGUUUUAAAUAUGCAACCAGAGCUAAAAGCCACAACAUUUAACUUUUAGAAAUGAAAUCACCUCGAACUUAAGCUGCAGUUUCCCUGAGAUAGAAGAUUAAACGUCAACUUUGUGGUUUCCAUUUACUUUUAACUCACAGGAGCUGGCUCCUUUCAUGAAGUUGAUCAUUUUAAUGUAAAUUUCUCUUUGAUAGUCAUUUGCUUUUGACUUAAAUUGAUUCAGUUUGUCAGAUGAGCAUGAAAAGCCAGAGGUUUUAUUAUUACCACUUGACAAAUUAAUAUCCUAUUGUUCAUAAUUCAUGCCUGGGAAACUGAGCUUCAUUCUUACCCUUUCAACCUGAAUAUUUUACUCUCAGCUUUCUUGUAUUUUCCCUUGAUGUUUUUUUUAUCUUUUGUUUUGUUUUCUUUUUCAUAAAACUGGAUCAUGUCUGAGACUAGUGGAACUUGCAUAAAAAGCUCCAUUUGUUUACUACUGACUGGACUUGAACAUAUAUGACUGUUUUCCUCUCCUGUCUUAUAUCAUUCCACAUGUUUUUGUCUGUGAAUAUGCUUUGAGAUAGUAACUGUAAAGAGUUUGGUAAAAGUGUGUAAGUUUUUAAGAGAAAUCUUGAUGUGUUUUCAGUUGAUUUUCAAUGUUUGAACAAAUAUGUAGAAUUAAAAAAGAACAUCCAAAUAAAAAUUAAGUUGGGUCUUUUUCA